AUGGCAAGCCAUUUACUGUCAGAAGAGGAGAGGCAGCGACAAUUGCGUGUCCAAAGGGAACGACGUGGCCCUUUAAAUCCUAGAAGAAGGGACGACGACGCAGGCACAUCAACAGCGCCCACACAAUCACCCGGCCCAGGAACAGGACCUACACAGUCACUGGGCCCAACAGUUCAACCUUCGACACCCACAGCACAGCCUCUUCAGAUGAUGCCAGGUUGGAAUGCAUGGCCCGGUUCAUCUCCAUUUCCGAUUACUUCGAGUGGACCGCUGAUCUAUAGGCAGCCGUCGCACGAGAGACCGCAGGAGAGGCCGUCGGGGAGCUCUUCUUUUUUCCAAUCCCCAUCACCUUAUGGGUUUCAAACACCUCCGCCAUUAAUGAUGCAAACACCUCCACAGCCACUAUUCUAUCAAGGCGGGUCAUCCUCCCAACACCCACAACCAGAAUCCUUGCUGGAGCAAGCACAACCCCCGCCGAAAGUUGGACAAAGGAGGAAUCCAACGCGUAACCGUCGACGACCUUCAUGUGGCACUGAAUCCGACCAGCACGGACAUUGA